AUGGAAGGACUUGGCCUGAUGCAUCCAUUUACUUCUCCAAAUAGUGAUCAGGUAGGAGCAGCAUCUAGUCCUUACCUCCGUAGGAGGAAGACUGGAGAGCCCCCGCUAAUAAAUGGCUGGAUUCCUUACCUUGGGAAGGCUUUGAUUUUUAGAAAAGAUGCUUUCAAAUUCUUACUGGAUCAGCAAAAGAAACUUGGAGAUAUUUUCACUGUACAUAUUGCUGGUAGAUAUAUUACUUUUAUCAUGGACCCAUUUCAAUAUGUCUAUGUCAUCCGAAAUAGCAAGCAACUUGAAUUUCAUGAAUUUGCUGAUAAAAUGGCUUCCAAAACUUUUGACUACCCAGCCUUGUCGAAAGGAAAAUUCCCCAAUCUCAAGGAAAACCUGCAUAGAAUCUACCAAUAUCUACAAGGCAAGCCUUUGGAUAUAAUUUCUGACCACAUGAUGAAAAAUCUCCAGGAUAUAUUUGAAUGGAAAUGCUCACAAGCAACAGAUUGGGAAACAGAAAAAAUGUACAAAUUCUGCUGCUCUGUAAUGUUUGAAGCCAGUUUUGUAACACUAUAUGGAAGAGUUCCUGCUGCAGAUGGCCACAAAGUUAUUAGUGAAAUCAGAGACAAAUUUAUCAAGUUUGAUGCCAGCUUUCCCUAUUUAGCUGCAAACAUACCAAUUGAGUUGCUAGGAGCUACCAAAAAGGUUCGGAAGGAGCUUAUACGUCAUUUUUUACUUCAGAACAUGACCAAAUGGCUGGGAGGGUCAAAAGUAGUCCAAGCCAGACAAGAUAUAUUUGAGAAAUAUGAGCUACUUGGAGAUUAUGACAAAGCAG